AUGACCGCCGCCAUGACGACUGUUCUUGACCCAGCGUACCUCCUCUUUGACAUGGACGGUACCCUCCUUGACUCGACACCCGGUGUCCUUGCCACCUGGGAGGUCUACGCCAAGGAGUUCAACCUCGACCUCGACCACGUUCUCAAGACCGCGCACGGAAUCCCUACACGCCAGAACCUGUCAAACUUCUGCGGCAUCACAGACCCUGCUGAGAACGCCCGCGAAUCGGACCGUUUCGAGGCCAUGAUCGUCAGCGAGGCCCAGCGUCUCCAGAAGGAGGGAAAGACUGGCCUCGAGAUCCUUCCCGGUGUCCACGACCUUCUUACUACCCUCAACUCGGCCCCGACUCCCGUGUGGGCCAUCGUCACCAGCGCCACGCACAAGUACGCCAGCCACGCCCUCCCCACUGCCGCCAUUCCCGCCCACCACCACUUGAUCACUGCCGACAACGUCAAGCAGGGCAAGCCCUUCCCAGAGCCUUACCUCACCGGCGCUGCCACCCUCGGUGUUGACCCCAAGGACUGCAUCGUGUUCGAGGACGCCCCUAGCGGAGUCAUCAGCGGCGUCAAGGCCGGAUGCAAGGUCCUCGCCGUCUGCACCUCGCACCCCCGCGAGGAGCUGGAGGGUCUCGGGGCCACCUGGAUUGUGGACGACCUGUCAAAGGUCUCGGCUGCCAUUGUCGAUGGCAAGGUCCAGCUCACCAUCUCCCACAUUGUCGCUUUCGCUCCUCACGACUCACUGGUCCGGCUCCGCGCGACCAGCCGCGACCUCCUUGGGCUCUGUGACAAGAAACUAGCCAAACACAUUCGUGUCGUUGUCGUGAAGUGUCCCUGCCCUGGAGGCCAUCACCAGUACCACAUUUGCAAGCACAACGCAUUUGGGCUCAGGGGGGUAAACGGCAAGCGCAUUCCGGGUCGCAAUGACGUGGAGAGUGACCGGGCGCAAGACUUCAAGAAGGGCGACAUUCUCCGCCGCAGAAACCUUCACUCGGUCGAGACUGUCGAUGUGUUCGACGUUGAGACAGCCAGGCUAAUACCGUUCGGCCUCCUCUUCAACUUGAUUUACGACUUCCUUGACAUGUCCCCCAUCGGCACCUUCAGAUUCUCGAUCGAAGCGGCCUUUUUCCUAUUCGAUGUUGAAAUCAAUCCGUUCCCGGGUCGUUCUAUCGUCUUUCUCGACCUGAACCAACUCCCCUCCCUACGUGACAGGGAACCCGUGAACUGCAUCAUUGUUCCCGAGCUCAGCACCGAGAUGAUUAUCAACGUGACCUACGACCUUGAGCAACCUCUCUACCGUUUACACUGGGGCGGUGACUGCCCCCGCGCCAUCACCCUCAUCUUGUCACAUCGUGGUGAGGUGCCAAACCUCGAGUCACCUGCCGCCAGCCAGUUCGUUGACGACCUGCUCAACUUUGUCGUUUGCACUGGUGAUAAUAUCGACUUCCCCGACAAUUUCCAACGCACAGUCGUUGGCCUCCCCCAUCAGCUUCCAGGUAUCAAGCCCGAAGGUGCCGAGAAGUUCAAGACCAACCUUAACGCGAGGCUGGUCGCUUUGUCCAAUAGCGACGGUUACGCGUGUAUUGAUAUACUCAAGUUCAUGACCAUGGACGAGUAUCGUGCCUCAAUCCCGGCCGAGCAGUUCCACCUGGAGACGGUCAUGGAUGUGUAG